AUGUUUUCCAAAUCCAAAGGAGACUACAAGAGCUUCAAAUCCUUCAACUAUUCAAAACACAUGUGCAAAGCAACUGCUACAGCCAAGCAACUACUUCAGGCUGAAGCUGUAAACAAAGCAGAGCUUUCUCCUGAACCCCUGGCUCUGCUGUUUGUUUCUGGAGAGAAAAAAGGAACUGGAAAGCAUUCAGGCGGGAACCGCAGUUGUGGUUGGUUCUUACGGCUGCCGCUUAGAGUGAGUUCGAGGGUCAGAGGGCGCGAAGUUCCAGAUGCUGCUAGGUGUUCAAUGGUAGCACUUGUCCGUACCACAGCAGCAAGGCUUCACCUCAAGUUACUCCCAAGAGCGAGGAAUACUCUGCGCUCCCUUCUGCAGUUUUUCCCCCAGCGGUACGGUUCCACUACAACCGGGAAACUGGCGUCUCACGGCUUUGCUUCCAUGGCAGCAAUGUCAUCCUUUCCCCCGCAGAGGUAUCACUACUUCUUAGUGCUGGAUUUUGAGGCCACAUGUGACAAGCCGCAAAUCCAUCCACAGGAGAUCAUUGAGUUCCCCAUCCUGAAGCUAAAUGGUCGGACAAUGGAGAUUGAAUCCACCUUCCAUAUGUAUGUGCAGCCAGUGGUCCAUCCACAGCUCACACCUUUCUGCACAGAGCUGACUGGAAUUAUUCAAGCCAUGGUGGAUGGGCAGCCCAGUCUCCAGCAAGUGCUUGAGAGGGUCGAUGAGUGGAUGGCAAAGGAAGGCCUCUUGGAUCCCAGCGUCAAGUCGAUUUUUGUAACCUGUGGAGACUGGGACUUGAAAGUAAUGUUACCUGGACAAUGCCAAUACUUAGGGCUUCCAGUUGCUGAUUACUUCAAACAGUGGAUUAAUCUCAAAAAGGCAUACAGCUUUGCCAUGGGGAGCUGGCCAAAGAAUGGACUCUUAGACAUGAACAAAGGCCUGAACCUACAGCACAUAGGAAGGCCUCACAGUGGGAUAGAUGACUGCAAGAACAUUGCCAACAUCAUGAAGACACUGGCUCACAGAGGGUUCAUCUUCAAGCAGACCUCCAAGCCCUUUUGAUCUCUGGGGCCGGCCAGACAGGGCUGCAUGCGGCCGGCUCCUGCUACCUGGGCGUGAUGGGCUGGAGCAUUCGAACGACAGAAAGAGGACAGAGGAACGAGCAACCCCACGACUCCGUCAGUUUUGCUGUUCUGCCAGUAGAGGCUGUAUAUAUGGAACUGGAAUCUCUGUGUAGGCCUGACGUGACUCCCUCUCUGGGGCCGGCUGCCUGCCCGGCCUGGCCCAGCCUGCAGCCCCCUAGGGCGCUUGCUCCACAUGGUUAGAGACGUAGAUUGUUUUCCCUUUUGUUGGCUUCCGAUUUCCAUUGGCAUCUUUCUCUCUCUCUCUGCUCAUAUUUGCGCCUGUAGCAAGACCGUGGCGCCAUGUUUGGGGCACUCGCCCUUAUUACUUUUGAGUCCAAUAUCGCAACAACCGCGGUCAAGCCCCCCUCCCCUUUUCCUGUGUGAAUCUGUUACUGUGUCUCCUGCGUGUCAGCUAAAUAUUGACUGAGCAGCAUCCAGAGAGCCCCCCCCCCUCUUCGGCAGGCUUCUUCCCUCCUUCCCUUCUGUUUUGAAUAAACACUAACCCUCUGAUUCCUUCUGUAUGUGAUCUGAGGAAGCUCGGCUCUUUCUGUUCAAGGUAAAGUGCCUGUAUUCCCUGCCCACCAAGAGCAACCUAUCUCCCUGGGGCUUCAUUCAGCAGGGGUUAUCGUAGGCAGGAGCAUCCUGGCUGAUGCUCACCGCCAUGUCCUGCAUUUCUUGAACCCUGUGAUCCCUUGCUCAUGCCUCUUCAGAACUUGGGGAACCCUACUGUGCAUCCAACCUGCACUUGCGCAUGGCCCCCCUAUGGAGCAUGCAGUCCAUUGCAGGCAGUGGACGUGCCCAUUUCUGCUAGCCCAGCAGGGAGCUGUGUUCCCAUUAACCAGCAGGGAUCUGCAAAUUGAUUGACAUCUGUGUUACUGCCCCUUUCCUCACCUGACUUCCUCCUCCUCCUACAACGGCUGCAACUGACUUGUUGCUUUGAGAGGUGUGGCCUAUUCUUCCUAUCCUAUUCCCAUCACCUUGGUCCAGUGUGGGAAGAUGGAAAUAAAUAAUGAAUCGCCCUCUCCCAGCUCAGUAUUUUCCUGAAACCUUCUGCCCUAGCUUUUGCUGAAUGGAUCCCCAGAUGGAUAGGCUCCAGCUGCCACCUACAUGGGAGCCACACCAAGAGUCAGGCUGUGAGCUGAUACAGGCACUGGGCCUUACCGGUAAAUAAUGCAUGGUGUGUGGAUGUUCCAGCUGAACCCAACCUGACCUCCUCAUUGGCUCGUUAUUCCCAUCCUUGCUGUAAAUGUGCCACAUGAAUAAAGUUUGGGGGAAAGGAACCUGGCUCCUUGUAUGCUGUAAGGGAGUGGGGCCGGGGGGGAGGCUUUAUCUGAAAUAUGCUGCUAAGUAAACUCCUUUUCCCAAUACCUCUUCAACUGUCCAUGCAAUCUGGCAGUAACUGCACAGAUGUUUCUCCCAUCCUUAAAUGGAUUUGCGUUCUGGGAUUGUUUUGUGACACAAGUAUCAUGUACCUUCAUGAGAGAAAAUCACCCACAUAUUCCCACCUGUAGCCAAAACAAAAGCUGUUUCCUUAUUAGUUCUUCCCCAGGAAAGUAUCUUGAGAAUAGGUCAUACUUUCCUUCACAAUAGGAAGGGGUGGGAAACAGCCAGCCCACAGCCCUAAUCAGACCUCAGGUCAUUUUGUCCAAAUCACACUCACCUACCUCACACCUGACGUAAUGUGUUGCCAGGGAAAGAUGCGGCUGCAAAGGAAGAAGCAGGAACCUUAAAGUUUGAUCCUACUUCUUCCUUAGCAAGUGGAGCUUAUAUUUGGCACCUUUUAGAUUUGGUGCUUCCAAGGAGAGCUGAGUUUUGCUCAAAUUGGUAUUUGCACCCACUGCCAAUCAGUAGGCACCAUUAAAAUGUUUUCAUACCAUCUGUUUAACAUUACUGAAGGACCCCUCAAUGAAAGGAGGAUCCCGAAGAAGCCAAAUAUUUACAUCUCAUCACCUUAGCCCACUGCACCAUCAAGGAUGCUUAGCACACAAAGUGCAUAGGCUGCUCAGGCCACAGGAGCACAAGAGAACACUUUGGCUCAUGCACCCUCCCCAAUUUGCAGGUAGAAGUGGUGCUCAAAGAGGGUAAUACUCAGGUCUAGACACUGGCCCCUGUUGAAGUUUAUAUGGUUUCCCAUCCUUUUCUCUCCGUUAGCUAUGACAAUAUACCAUGUAAAAAAGAGCAAAGCCUGGAGCUACAUGUUUAAAAAAUCAUGACUCAUUUUAUAGAAGUCAAAUAAACUUGAACACAGAAGGCCAAUGAAUAAUUACCAAAUGUUUGUUUAGUGCUACAUGACCUAAGAUGGCUUAUGCACCAAUGUGAACUAUCUUUUAUGAUUUAGAAAACAAUGACAAAUGGGAGAUUGAAAACAAAGCAAGCUGCUUGGAGAACAUACUAAUUGACUCCAUAGCUUAAGACAAAGCCCCAAAUAAAUCACUAUCCCCUUUCAGUGUUGGUCUCUGCUCUUUCCCCUCCCAUUGCAGCAGUGAAAAGUUUGGGGGUCUGUUGCAGUUAGGCCACACCUCUCUUUAUGGCACCACUGCAGAAGGUAAUUGCCUUAUCAACCCCUUGUCUAUGUCUGCCAUGCCUUUCCAUCCACAUGACCAUUCAUGCAGUAGGGGUUGAAAUGAGAACAUACUAGAUACAACCAGCAGAGUCAGCAAAGCCUGUGUCCUCCACCACCCACUGAAGCCUUGUAGGCCAGUCCAUCUCACUUUGGGAGGUUUGUCCUCCAAGCACUAGAGAAUAUAACUGAGCCUUUCCCACCUCAGGUUAGGGACUUGAGAUCAAAGGUCAUAGGGAUUUUAAUGGCUCCCUCUGUGUAAUCACCUGAUCAGUUUUAUUGAUUCAGUGUCGAUGGAGUCGUCUAAUUAGUUUU